AUGAGUGUGAAUCGUUUCGAAUCAAUCAGACAAAAUCUUCACUUCAAUGACAACAGUGCUAUGGUGCCAAGAGGGGAACCAGGUCACGAUCGGCUACACAAACUUAGACCUAUUGUUGAUGCACUUCAGUCAAGGUUCCAGACAAUUCCUUACGAACAAAUGUUGUGUGUCGAUGAACAGUUGUGUGCAACCAAAGCGCAUCACUAUAUGAAGCAAUAUAUGCCCAAAAAGCCUCAUAAAUGGGGCUACAAACUUUAUGUAUUAAGUGGGGUUAGUGGCUUUGCAUACAGAUUUGAGAUUUACUCAGGGCAAGAGAAUGACCCAGAUUAUAGGCUUCCUGGAGAACCUGAUUUGGGCUCAUGUGCAAAUGUUGUAGUACGCCUUGUUCGUAAUGUUCCUACAAACCAUCAUCAACUAUAUUUUGAUAAUUUCUACACGACACUACCACUAAUGGUACACUUGGAAAAAAGAAAUAUUCACGCCCUUGGCACUGCACGAAGAGAUAGACUACAAAAUGAGAAGCUUCCAUCAAUGGAUGAGCUAAAAGAAUGCCCUAGAGGAUUCUCUGCCGAAACAUGCUUGAAGAUAGAUGAAGUUGAAGUUACUUCUGUGGUGUGGAAAGACAAUAAAUGUGUUACUCUUGUCUCCACGUAUGCAGGAAUUGGGAAACAGACAAAGGUGGCACGCUAA